AUGACAACGCUGGAGAAGGAUGCCAUCCACGUUGACAGUCGUGACCAUGAUCAUGAACACGAACAUGACACAUCUGCCAUCAUGGAUGGUGAUGCUCCCGAUCGACCGGUUCGCCAACCACCGAGCGCUGCUGCCGUAAAGAUCAAUGUGGAGGGUGCCUUUAUCGUGGAUGACGAGCUUAGUGACCGGAAUGGCGUUGGAGGUGAACAUGUGCACUGGGAACAUAAAGACAUUCGGCUGCCUCAUCACACAGAUGUAGUCAGUCAUGUCGCAGUCGAUAUCGGUGGCUCUCUAGCCAAACUCGUCUACUUCUCCCGCGAGCCAGGUUCUACAGACGGAGGCCGACUCAACUUCCUGAAUUUCGAGACCGACCGUAUCGACGUCUGCAUUGACUUUAUCAACGAGCUGAAGAUCAAGCAGUCGAAGCUCAAUGGAUCCACGCCACAGCAACUGUGCGUUAUGGCGACCGGUGGAGGAGCAUUCAAAUUCUACAACCGCAUGAAGGAGGUGCUACACGUGGAUGUUGUGCAAGAGGAUGAGAUGGAAUGUCUUAUUAUCGGCCUUGACUUCUUCAUAACCGAGAUCCCACAGGAAGUGUUUACAUAUAGCGAAGAAGAGCCCAUGCAAUUUGCCGAAGCACGCCCGGACAUCUAUCCUUACCUCCUUGUCAACAUCGGUUCGGGCGUCUCUAUGGUCAAGGUUUCAGGACCUCGAGAGUUUCAGCGAGUGGGUGGUACCUCUCUGGGAGGAGGCACGUUCUGGGGGAUCUUAUCCCUCCUCACGGGAGCCCGGACAUUCGAUGAGAUGCUGGCUUUGGCCGAACGAGGGGACAACAGUGGCGUUGACAUGCUUGUUGGGGAUAUCUAUGGCACCGGGUACGGCAAAAUCGGGUUGAAGAGCACCACGAUUGCCAGCACAUUUGGAAAGGUGUUUAGGAUGAAGAGAAUGGCCGAGAGGAACGCGGAGGAUGGUGAGGGAUUGUUCCAUCGAGACCCGCGCGACGACGGCGACGAACAAGUGGAGGGAUUCAAGAUCCAAGAUAUGGCACGAAGUCUGUUAUAUGCCAUUUCCAACAAUAUCGGACAAAUUGCUUACCUGCAGUCGGAAAAGCACGACCUGCAGCAUAUCUACUUUGGAGGCUCAUUUAUUCGAGGCCAUACACAGACGAUGAACACGUUGUCGUACGCCAUCAAAUUCUGGUCCAAUGGCCAGAAGCAAGCAUAUUUUCUACGACACGAGGGCUAUCUUGGAUCAGUAGGUGCUUUUCUCAAGCGACAGCCAAAGAACUGGGGUCGGCGGAAUAGUCUGGAGGAUACCACGAGUACGAGGCUGGGCAAGGUCUUGACCAAGGAUCAGCCAUGA